CACAGAGAAGGGCCAAAGUUUUUCAUGACUUUUUCUCCAAGCUUUUCAAAAGGAAUUCGACCACUUUAUUCCUUUUGGUGAGCCAAAGAUCAGUCUGCAAAUCAAAAGGUUGAGAAUCUGAUUCACGCACCACCAACUUUAUUCCGUUUUAAAGGCCCUCACCCCCUUCCUUGAUCUCGACAUUCGAGAGUAGUCUCAGCUCAGACCAAGUGAAGGAAGGGAGAUCAAUUGGGAUUAACAGGCGAUCGUGGUUGAAUCGUUCAGUAUGAAGAUCUCGGUUCCUGGUCAUCAUAAUGUUGGAAUUCAAGUAGUUACUUUACCAGUUUAUAAAUUACGAGAAGCAGAGAAUCAUUCUUCUGCACCUGCAACUGUUAGCCCAUACCUUCUUUCCUACCAUCCUUCGUCAGAUAAUGGCUCUCCAAGAUCAAAACAAAAAAAAGUGGAUUCACUGAUUGAAUGGAUGAACAAAUUCGGCAAGAAAGCAGACAGUUUUGCGAAUGGAGUCCGCGAGCAUGUGAGGUUGGGACCCAAGGUAUCUGAAACUGUGAAACGAAAGUUAAGCUUGGGUGCCAAAAUAAUUCAAGGAGGUGGGGUGGAGAAGGUAUUCAGACAGAUUUUCCAAGUUAGUGAAGGAGAGAAAUUGUUGAAGGCCUCCCAAUGCUAUUUGUCAACAACAGCUGGUCCUAUUGCAGGCCUCCUUUUUAUCUCCACUGAAAAGGUUGCUUUCUGCAGUGACAGAUCCCUCACAUUCUCUUCUCCAACUGGAGAUUUGAUCAGAAUACCUUACAAGGUUUUGAUUCCGCUGAGCAAGAUCAACAGAGUCAAUCAAAGCGAAAAUGUGGAUAAACCAAACAGAAAGUACAUAGAAAUUGUAACGGUGGACAAUUUUGACUUCUGGUUUAUGGGAUUUCUAAAUCACCGUAAGUCACUCAAGCAUCUCCAACGGGCCAUCUCUCAACCUAUCUAAAACCGAGUUUCUAUAGGUCUCUGAAAUGAUUCCAAGAUAAAGCAAAUUUUCCUUGGCUUCAUUAAAUGUUCUUAUACAAAAUUGAAAAAAAAAAGCUCGAACAUUAUUGCACAUUUUUGUAUAAAUUUUUCAAUGUACUCUAGUUCUUCUAAUUUGUGUGGAUACGCAAAACCCUUCACAUUUUAACGUUCAAUAUUCAAGAUUCUGCUCAACCCAACAAAACCCAAUACUUGGGUUUGGGUACAUCAAUGCGUGCAUGAUUCUUAUUGCUUUGUACAAAUGCA